GGAGCGCUCACUGGUGGUUGGGUGCCCGUUUCGACCAGCAGAAGUUGCAGCUUUGCUCCGACCCGGCGCCGAUCCUGGGAGUCACCUAUGACCUCGACCAGUACUUGCUCAAGAUCAAGUCGCGCAAGCAGGAACUCUUCGAGGAGAUCUCCAUGAUCCUGGAGCACGAAGAGCUCUCGCCCGGGCAAGCGGGAAAACUUCGAGAGAAGCUCAUGUUCGGGGCCUCCCAGCUCUGGGGUAAAAUAGAUCGGGCUUUCCUGAAAGCAUUGUCCGAUCGACAGUAUUCUCGGAGAACCGCUUCUACAGGGCUCUCGCCAGCUUCGAUCUACGCGCUCUACAAAUGGAAAACGCUGGUGAUGCACCGGCCCCCUCGGCCUAUCCCCAGUUCGGGGCCGAAGAAGUCCGACGUGCUGAUCUUCACAGAUGGCUCCGCUCCGAGCUCAAGCCCGAAAGAUCCGCCUACUGAGAUGAUAGGCAAGUUUGUCUUCCUUUUCAUCGAUUCCGAGCCGGUGGAAGCAGCCUUGAUCAAGGGCAUCCUGCCAGGGAAGAUGUUUGCGAGCUCGUAG